UGCAGCAUAAUUUAGGCAUCGGAGGAGCAGUAGUGGUCACGCUGUACAAGAUGGGUUUUCCUGAAGCUGCUGGUUCUUUUAGAACUCAUCAAACUGAGGCUGCUCCAACCAGCUCUGCAGUUGAUGGAUUUAAGGCAAAUCUUGUCUUUAAGGAGAUUGAGAAGAAGCUUGAAGAGGAAGGGGAGCAGUUUGUGAAGAAAAUCGGUGGUAUUUUUGCCUUCAAGGUGAAGGAUGGCCCUGGAGCUAAAGAAGCCAUCUGGGUGGUGGACGUGAAGAAUGGCAAAGGAUCAGUGCUCCCUAACUCAGAUAAGAAGGGCGACUGCACAAUUACAGUGGCUGACUCGGACUUACUGGCUUUGAUGACUGGUAAAAUGAAUCCUCAGUCGGCCUUCUUUCAAGGUAAAUUGAAAAUCACUGGCAACAUGGGUCUGGCUAUGAAGUUACAAAAUCUUCAGCUUCAGCCAGGCAAAGCUAAGCUGAGAAGAACUCUCUUUGCUUAACUUUGAAAAUCAAGAUGAGAUAUAUAGAUAUAUGUCCAUAUAUUUCAUUGUCAGAACUUAGAUUGAAACUACACAUUGGCAAAUAGCGUAUUUGUUUUUAAAUGGGUGUGACCAAUCCUGUUUUUCCUAAGCUCUGGGUGAAUAGAACCUGAUGGUGUACUACUGCUUUGCUGAAUUGCGUACAACUGUGCAUUACAAAGUUAAUAUGGUAAUUAUGGUUUGGGGUAAAAUUGAGUUUUAGAAUAAAAUUAGGAAUAGCAAAAUCCAAAAACUAUGUAAACAAAAGCUCUCAUUUUGCUUAUAA